AUGGAGGAGGGAGGGAGAUACGCGCCAGACAGAUCUACCCCGCUGAAGGAAGGAAGGUUUACCGACGCCUCCUUUCUCGACUUUUGCAGUCGCUCUCCAUCAUACGAGAACUUCUACAUCACGACCCUCAAUUCGACUCCCAAAGCUCUUCAGGCAAGACUACGGUUCUCUGCGGGCGUAUCGUUUGUCGAUGCAGCGACGGUUGUUGUCCAGCCCCGGGCGUUUGCCAUAUGCCUCACAGGGGUUACGGCAAGCAGGACUGAACUAUUUGACCUGACCUUACAGUUCAUUGCGCUCUCUGGAUAUCAUGCGUCGGUCGUGGCUGAAAAAGGCUGGGAAGCCGUAUCCAAAGCCAGAGAGCAACACAGGCUACAGCAGCUGGCCAAUUCCGAGGGUAGAGCUUUGAGCAUACCGAUUCCCAAGUUCUCGCCUAGACAAUACCAAAGCUUACCGUUUCUAGGUGUCGGUAUUGGACAGAAUAUCGGCAUUAAGCUCCCGGAAGACGAGGCACAAGACACAAAGCCUAGCAGCUUGCUAUCGGCCACGGUUACGAGCAAGUUCCGCACCCCUCUCGAAAUCGGAACGUUCGAGGGCUCGCAAACCGCUAUUAUCUAUCAAGAAACUUUGGGAAGGGAAGUGUUUUACAAGACUACUCUAUUGCCCGAGAACCGAAUCCAAACUUGCCAUCUCUCGAUCCGACUGCUCACAUUUGUAAGAGAUUUUAACUACAUCGAAACCACAACAAUGCGCUUUCUCGCCGUCCUCUUCCUCGUCGCUACUGCCGUGGCACUUUCCGCGGACGAAGGCUUAGAGGAUAGAAGCCCAAAGCUCAACAUUCUCGCCGAUCGUCAAUGUAAAGACCCUCGUAAGUUGUCUCUGUCUCUAUCAAAUCUAUUCCAAAUCGAAACAAAUUGCCUGAAUAAUGGCGACUGCUGUUCUAGUUGCUGCGACAAAAACUCGGGCAAAUGCUGUAGCUCGACGCUUAUUCCCUCCAACUCCGGGUUGGAUCUGGUACAGUUGUCGAUGGGCGCGCGAGAUGCGUUGAUCUGCGAGUGUGAAAAGUCUUGUUGUCGGAAUUUGAUGAUCGAUUUCGAUCUGCGUUUCGUAACAGAACGCAAGAUUCUCACUGAGCCCAUCUUGGAGACAUUUUCCUCUUUGGAAGCAACCCGAACACUUUGUCAGGACUCGCUGAAGCUCGGAGAUAGCACUAUAGCUCUAGCCAAGAGUUGGCAGUGCUUUGAUCUCAUUAGCCCCGCUCCGAACGAGGUAAAAUAUUGGCUAGAGAUGAUCUCUUCUUAUCACAGUAUUGCUGAAGUGUUCGGUGGGAUAUGGCGAGCUAAGAUGAAGGAAUUGUUUACAUGUCAAGCGAGCGGCGCCGAUCACAUUCCGCUUAGUUUCAAGGCGGGAGAAUAUGCUGUCCCAUAG